AGACGGUUGAACACAAACUGAUGGCAACGAUAGAUAGAUUGGAGGGACAGAUGAGCACUAAAUCAAUAGAUGUCGGGGACAUGUCGUCCAACAACAUAACCAUCGCUGAGAUAAAAUCACUGAUAAGCCAAGCGCUGGCCAUCUAUGACGCCGAUAAGACGGGUCAACCGGACUUUGCUUUGGAACCGGCCGGCGGAACUAUUGUCAACACUCGCUGUUCCGAGACUUUUGAUCCGCACGGCGUUCAGUACAAGAUCUUCGGAAUCCCGUUCUGGUCCUCAUCGGUGAGCCCGAGAGCUGUCAUUCAGCCGACAAUCAGUCCGGGCGAGUGCUGGGCCUUCAGGGGGUCGACCGGUUAUCUAGUGAUACGACUGUCCCAACCGAUAGCACCGACGGGUUUCUCGUACGAACACAUUCCCAAACAGAUCUCGAGGGACGGGAACAUCGAUUCCGCGCCCAAAGAGUUUCAGGUGAGGGCUCUGGACGACGAGUCGGACACUUCGGGUCGACUUCUGGGGAAUUAUGUGUACGAAGACAACGACAGUCCGAUGCAGUACUUC